CGGGCCCCGCUGCCGCCUCACGCCUCACCGCGGCAUGGCGACGGCCGAGGAGCAGAGCCGCGAGUACCUGCGGCGGCACCGGCUGCCCGAGCUGCUGCACCGCCUCGGAGCGCUGCUGCUCUUCCACCGGCCCGAAAGGCCACGCGAGUUCCUGAUCCAGGUGCUGGAGAGGGUAAAGGCUGGGAGACGAGCCGAGGGCGAGUACCCGUUCCUCAUGGACGAGGCCAACGUGGACGCCAUGUUCAGCCUGCUGGAUGUCCUAGGCCAGGGCCACAUCAGGCCCGCGCAGUACAGGGAAGCUCUUAAAACUUUGGGACUGAGCACUGAGGAUUUGGAGCUAGACGAUGACAUGCUUAUCACACUGGAUGUAUUCAAGAAAGGAAUGAAGAAAAAGAUGCUGGAGAGCUGGUCUGUGUAUUAGUUUGAGCAGCGUUCUGCAAUAUAUAUAUAUAUAUAUAUAUAUAUAUAUUAAAAAUAGGCAUCUUCCCCAGUUUUUCUUCUGGUUUGUCAGCUGUGUUGAUUUUAAGCAAUACUCUCUUUUUCUCAUCUUCCCCACCCUUCAGAGGAACAAUCAGCUGAAAAGGACAAAUGACAACAACGUCUUCAUGUUGAGAAGGCACUGAAGGGAGUAUCUUUAAGAAUUGCUGUUCUUAAUAUAAUUAGACAGUUAAAAAAAGAAGUAGAGAUGUCUUACGCAACUGAAAUAGUAUUUUGGAGUUUCCUCUUUCAAAUUAUAGUUUACAGUAAAGAAUUGUUACCCGUUGGCUCAUUACCACUGAAUAAAAUCAAGUUUGUUUUUGGCCUGG